CUCUGUUAGACAAUCUGAUGUAUGUUUAUUUCAGCCUAUACUUCUUAUUACUCUUAUUUGUGUGUUUAUUCGACUGUGCUUUCCUGUUUACACCUCUUAUUAGCAAGUAGCAUUGCUACUCGGUCUAUGCUUUCCUGUGCUUACAUAAAGCUUUCAGCUUUGAAACUUUUUUCAAAUUUUCUCUCUACUGUGUCAAAAACAAAAAAUGUGUUUCUCUUUCUUGUUCGUGCCUUUCCAAGUGUUUUUCAAUCAUCUGUCUAAUCGUGAUAAUCGUCAGCUCAGAAUUGUGAUUUUCAACUUGGGUGUUGUAUUUCUACUCAUUUCAGGUGUUUAUAUGAUGGUUCACUCUGGUCCCUUUGAGGACCAAAUGAAAAAAUACGGCGUCAUAUCUGGUUAUUCUAUAUCUGCAUUAGUUACAUUUUUUGUUGGUAUUGUUCUCGGCAUUUCUCGCAUAUUCUUAGAACAAUACGUGAUAGUUGGAAAUUUUUUCCUAAUAUCAUCUGCUUGUGCAAAAUACUGGAACUACUUUGGAGUUGUGGUGUUUACCUUCUUAGGCUACGUGUUUAGUGAUUGGUGUCCUGCUCCCAUUUCAAGGCAACUACUAUAUGCAUUUUUUUGCAUUGUUUUAACAACUUUUUUGAUAAAAAUGCUGCUUAUUCCGGUUCACACUGAUUUGGGGUUAUUAGAUUCGAUGAUUUCGUGGCUCAUGGUUUUUAUGUAUAGAGACUUCAAAAAUCUUAAAAAGUGGGAGGAUGUCUUGAUUAUCGUGACUUGUACGCUAUUGUUAGUCUUGAAAGCAUCCUACGAGUUUUAUCUGAUUAGAAGGUCAGAACGAGCCGAUACAGAUUUGGAAUCUCAGAAUGCUAUGGAUGUCUUGGAAACUCGGUUGAGGGCUAGUGAAAGUGAGUUGGAAGAUGUAACAGAGAGAAUGAACAGGUAUAAAAAUCAAUUAGUGGUACAACAAAGCAGAAUUACACAGUUGGAAAACCAAUUGAGAGGCUAUCAACCUGAGACGUGCAGUACAAGUGAAGCGGGGCAUCGGCUGAGAUGGUCACCAAGGGAGUCGGGCAGGCUUAACCGGAGGGCGUCUACCCUGGAUUUUCCUGGUUUGUUGUAGAAAAGGCCCUUCGUAGCAUUGUGAUGGUUUCCUAUCAAAAGGACAAGUGGAGCUUGAAGACGGCGAUUUCAAUUUUGAAGAUGAUUAGGAUCCCAAUUCUAUAUGACGACCUUUUCCUGUAAGAUUGGUCGUCAAUAACAUACCAUCAUGUUAUUAAUUUUGUGGUCUUAAUGCUAGCUGGGUGUAUAUGCAUACCAAGAAUAUUGAUCCUAGCAUAUCUUCAAACUUCCUGGUUUAUAUGCAUUUCAAGAAU